CACCAUUUUAAUUGUGGACGCUUUCCCUAAGGAUACAUCGAAAAACUCAGCUGACCACAAUCUCCAACGUAAGGUGGCUGCUUUAGGUUUGCAUGGGCACCAUGAGAACCAGAAGAAAUGGCACUUUGGAAGGUUCAAAAAUUCUUUACUCCAGUAUAUCUCGCAGCACAGAUGUGUCGUACAAUGACAGUGAUUUGGUCACCUUCAUUCAAGAACAUUUUAAGAAGAGAGAAUGUGUCUUCUUCACGAGAGAUGCCAAGUCGAUCGACAACUUGUGUAAGUGUGGGUAUUCCAAAAGCCAACAUAUAGAGGGGACGCAGGUAAAUAACACAGAGAAAUGGAGUUAUAGGAAACACACAAAAGAAUUUCCUACUGAUGCUUUUGGUGACAUUCAGUUUGAAAAUCUUGGGAAAAGAGGGAAGUACAUCCGGUUGUCCUGCGACACAGACUCUGAAAUGCUCUAUGAUCUGAUGACUCAACACUGGCACCUGAAAAAUCCCAACCUUGUCAUCUCCGUCACAGGAGGAGCAAAAAACUUUGCUCUAAAGCCGCGGAUGCGCAAGAUAUUCAGCAGGCUGAUCUACAUUGCCCAGUCCAAAGGGGCCUGGAUUUUCACAGGAGGCACUCACUAUGGACUGAUGAAAUACAUUGGAGAGGUGGUGAGAGACAACACCAUCAGUAGGAGCUCAGAGGAGAAUGUGGUGGCUAUCGGCAUAGCAGCCUGGGGCAUGAUUUCCAACCGGGAUAGUCUGAUCAGAAGCAGCGAUACUGAGGGGUACUAUUCAGCCCACUACAUAAUGGAUGACCUUAAGAGGGACCCAUUGUAUUGCCUGGACAAUAACCACACCCACUUAUUGCUGGUUGAUAACGGCACCCAUGGACAUCCAGCAAUAGAGGCUAAGCUACGGACACAGUUAGAAAAAUACAUUUCGGAACGCGUUAUCCCAGAUUCUAAUUAUGGAGGGAAGAUUCCAAUUGUGUGUUUCACCCAAGGAGGAGGGAAAGAAACUUUGAAGGCUAUCAAUGUUGCCAUCAAGAGUAAAAUUCCCUGCAUAGUAGUGGAGGGCUCAGGUCAGAUUGCUGAUGUAAUAGCGAGCUUAGUGGAGGCAGAAGGCACUCUAGCCUCUUCAUCUGUCAAGGAGAGGCUGCUCCGAUACCUGCCUCACACUGUUUCGAGACUCACGGAAGAGGAGACUGAAAGCUGGAUCAGAUGGAUCAAAGAAAUCCUGGAAAACCCUCAUCUGCUAACUGUUAUUAAAAUAGAAGAAGCUGGAGAUGAAAUCGUGAGCAAUGCCAUUUCUUUUGCUCUGUAUAAAGCUUUCGGUACCAAUGAACAGGAUAAAGAUAACUGGAAUGGGCAGCUGCAGCUGCUGCUGGAGUGGAACCAACUGGACCUGGCCAGCGAUGAGAUCUUCACCAAUGACCGGCGCUGGGAGUCUGCAGACCUUGAGGAUGUCAUGUUUAUAGCUCUUAUCAAGGACCGGCCCAAAUUUGUUCGCCUCUUUCUGGAGAAUGGCUUGAACCUGAGGAAGUUUCUUAACAAGGAGGUCCUUACAGAGCUUUUCUCCAACCACUUUAGCAGCCUGGUGUUUAAGAACCUGCAAAUUGCUAAGAACUCCUACAAUGAUGCACUCCUCACAUUUGUGUGGAAGAUGGUUGAGGACUUCCGAAGAGGCAUUCAAAAAGAGGAUAAGAACGGCAAGGAUGAGACAGAAAUACGGCUGUUGGAUGAAUCUUCUAUUACAAGGCAUCCCUUGCAAGCUCUCUUUAUCUGGUCAGUUCUUCAGAACAAGAAGGAGUUAUCCAAAGUCAUUUGGGAACAGACCAGGGGCUGCACUUUGGCAGCACUCGGGGCCAGUAAACUACUAAAAAGCCUGGCAAAAGUGAAGAAUGACAUUAAUGCUGCUGGGGAGUCUGAGGAGCUGGCAAAUGAAUACGAGACGAGAGCAGUAGAGCUGUUCUCUGAGUGCUAUAGCAGUGAUGAAGAGCUGGCAGAACAGCUACUCACUUAUUCCUGUGAAGCCUGGGGUGGGAGCAAUUGCCUGGAACUUGCUGUGGAAGCUAAAGAUCAGCAGUUCAUUGCACAGCCGGGAGUGCAGAAUUUCCUUUCCAAACAGUGGUAUGGAGAGAUCUCGAGGGACACUAAGAACUGGAAGAUUAUAUUGUGUCUGUUCCUUUUCCCUUUAAUCGGCUGUGGUUUCAUCUCCUUCAGGAAGAAGCCCGUGGAGAGGAGCAAGAAGCUCUUGUUGUAUUAUGCCUCAUUCUUCACCUCCCCAUUUGUGGUCUUCUCCUGGAACGUCAUCUUCUACGUUGUUUUCCUGCUGCUCUUCGCCUAUGUCCUGCUCAUGGAUUUCCAAGAUGAACCCACCAUGCUGGAACUCAUCCUCUAUGUUCUGGUCUUCAUCCUGCUUUGUGAUGAAGUGAGACAAUGGUACAUGAAUGGUAAUAAAUAUUUCUCAGAUCUGUGGAACGUCAUGGAUACGCUUGGAAUCUUUUACUUCAUAACAGGGAUUAUAUUCAGGCUCCGCUCCUCCAAUGAAAGCUCCUGGUACUCUGGGCGAGUCAUUUUUUGCCUGGACUACAUCAUUUUUACUCUAAGGCUGAUCCACAUUUUCACAGUUAGCAGAAAUCUAGGACCAAAAAUUAUUAUGCUUCAGAGGAUGAUGAUUGAUGUCUUCUUCUUCCUGUUCCUCUUCGGUGUGUGGGUGGUGGCCUUUGGUGUGGCCAGGCAGGGCAUCCUGAGGAAGAAUGAGUACCGCUGGGAAUGGAUCUUCCGAUCAGUUAUCUACGAGCCUUACCUGGCCAUGUUUGGCCAGUACCCUGAUGACAUUGAUGGUACCACAUACAAUUUUGAUCGCUGCACCUUCUCCGGGAAUGAGUCUAAACCUUUGUGUGUAGAACUGGAUGCUAACAACCAUCCCCGCUUCCCGGAGUGGAUCACCAUCCCCUUGGUGUGCAUCUACAUGCUCUCCACCAACAUCCUCCUGGUUAACCUACUGGUUGCCAUGUUCGGUUACACGGUUGGAUCAGUACAAGAAAACAACGAUCAGGUGUGGAAGUUCCAGCGCUAUUUCUUGGUUCAGGAGUAUGGCAGCCGUUUGACUAUUCCAUUUCCCUUCGUCAUCUUUGCCUAUAUCUACAUGGUGAUGAAGAAAUGCUUUAAAUGCUUCUGUAAAAAAGAAUGCAAAGAGCCAUCCAUCUGUUGUUCAAAAUAUGAGGACAAUGAGACGCUUGCAUGGGAAGCAGUCAUGAAAGAAAAUUACCUUGUCAAAAUCAAUUCCAAAGCAAACGACUCUUCAGAGGAGAUGGCACAUCGAUUUAGACAACUGGAUAUGAAGCUGAAUGAUCUGAAAGGCCUUCUGAAAGAGAUUGCUAACAAAAUAAAAUAAAAGCAACCUGAAAGCAGGGGCAGCAAACCUCAGCAAUGUACUGACUCGUUCACGCUAAUUUCUAGGAGACGUCUCAAAGUGAAUCAUAUCCUGCAACAAAUGGCAGCACCUGGGAAGGCCUGAGGAGGAUGCGUGAUGCGUUUAAAAUGACAUUUCUGCUCUUUGCAUCUUGGAGCUCUGGGCUCUUUUAUUUCCAUGGUCAUCUUACAUGCUGAUGUGAUAAAUGAUCCUCCUAGUUGAGCUCCAAAUUUUAGCAGCUGAUCUGUUGCUUUUCUUCUCAGUCCUUAGUUAUUGGCCGUAAGAAGGUACCUCUCAUCAGCUGCUCAGAGAUCACUUUCCUAAUGCCAACAAUUCUGCUGCCAACCCGCUCUGGUUUGAGUCUCGGGAACAGAUCUCCACCCGGGCGUCAACUAGAUACUCAAGUGUGGAUCGUCAGAGGUGUUUAGGCUCCGAGCUCACAGAAAGUUAGGAGCCUAAAUACGUUUGAGGAUUUGUGCCUCAUCUCUCCUUUUAGUGACCCUCAAUGAUCCCCCCUGCCCCCAUCUCCUUUGCUGCUCACAUAGCGUAUUUCCAAACCCAGACUAAAUUUUUACACUCUGGCGUAUGAGGAUGAAAGGCCUCCUACCUUCCCUAAUAGGAAAUAUUGCUCUUGGCAUCCCCAACUAACCUGCCACCUGGAUUCCUGGUGAACAAUAAUGACUUUUUCAGAUUAGUCUGAGGCAGUAUUUUGUAGUCCAGACUGAGUGCCUACACUCCGUGCAGUUCACAGAUAAGUCUAAUGGGAUCACUUCUUGCUGCCUCAGUGAUGUUUUGCAAGGCCCUGAUAUUGCAUUUGGUUUCACUUGUUCAAGUUUCUGUAUGGCCUCUUCGUGUUCUGAUUCCUUAACACACAAGAGGUGGUAUGUGAUUCACCGCUCGUUUGAUGCAACACCAGGGCUAGCUCCUGGUAGCACAGUAGUUUAGAAAGCAAGUGUCCCCAGUUGAGUGUUUUUCCCUAGAAGGGAAAGAGGCUUCUAAAAUGCAAUGCUGCCCAUAGCAAGAUCAGCUGGAUGUCAGCUUAGCUCAACCAGAAUGGCUCUGCCUUUGCUGAAAGUCUUCCAGAGAGCCAAGCCCCGUCAAGCUAUUAACUCAAAUGACUGCUGUGUUGUCUCUGCAUAAGAAAACAACUGAAUAUAUUUUCCAGGGGAAGCAUUAUUAAUUGCCUGUUACAGUAAAACUCUUCCAGCGUCUUGCUGUUCACAUCUUUGCUGUUUGCUCUGCUAUCCAAACUUACCAAAUGCACUGAAACAGGUCAAGCUCAGCGUUGAUUACAACACCAAUACUAAAGGUGAUACCUGUUCAGCAGUGGAACAUAAGAUUUCAGUAGUCACACAUUGGAAAGGCUUGUCAGGACGUGCUCAGACUCCCACUGACUUCAGUGGAUAUUGGAUUGGGUCCUGAAUGACUAAGAUAAAUCUACUUCAUAUAAAUGGAUUUUUGUUUGUCACUUGUGUCUGCCUUUACUGUAGAAAAUGUGCCUUUGUUCCAGUUUUGUUGUCUGUCAUGCCAUAUUCAAUGGUACCUGUAACAAUGUUGUUCUCCUGCGUGUUGUGCUGGAUGUAGCUACGAGUAGUGUAACAAAGAAUCAAAUGUACC